AUGCCUGUUUCUCUCAAAAAUGCAAUAAUGCGGAAAGAAAAUAGAUUUAUUCAGAUACCCAGGUGGCUCGCAAGAUACAAGAAGGCGAAAUAUAAAGCAAUAAAUAUUCUAAGACUCAUGCGCGAUGCAGACUGGAAGGAUUUUCAACCCAAAUCCUGUACAAAGCCUUAUUCGAUAAAGACGCCACGCUGGCAAAGCAAAGCAUACGAAUAUUUCCCAUGGACAUCCAAACACGCCCCGCGGCGUAAAUAG